AUGAUCCGGCUCCGACUCAUGCGCGCGUCGGCCGCCUCCCGCUCCUCGACACUCUCCCGGCGCGCGUUCCGCGUCCCGUCCAACCUCGCCUCCACCGGCUUCUGUCCGCACCCAUCGCCAGCGGCGGUCGGCACACCGCCUGCUCCGCGCCCCCGCUCGUACCAUGGCCAGAGAGUGGACGCGGCGCUGAAGUGGAGGCCUCUGCGGCAGCGUCUGCGCACCGUCCUGAUUUCGACUCUCCUCAGCCACAUCGCCACCGCGGACUGCGCGUCCCUGGCGGACGUGGCGGACGUAGGCUCCGACGUCGGGCGACCGGGACGGCCGCGCGCGGGUGAUCAGGAGGGCGGAAGCGGAGACUGGAGCGGCCGCGACGACGACGAAAGCGACGAGGAUGGGGUGCGCCAACCCUCUUCUCCUUCUCUCUUUUCUACCCCGAGCCGUGCUGCCCCCAGACGCGGACGCCAGUUGGCCCUCUAG